AUGGUCAAGGCGCCGGUCAAAAUUGCUCUUGCAGGAGCUACUGGUGUAAUUGGUCGUCGGCAUUUGAAACAUAUUUUAGUCGAGUCUGAGACAGAGCUUGCGGCCAUCAUCGAUGUCGAUCCUGCGGCACCGGAGUUGGCAAAGACACAUGGCGUUCCCCUUUUCAACGACCUCGAGGAAUUUACAAGUGCUCGAAAGGCUGGCAGAUGUGUUGCAGAGGCAAUAAUUCUGGCAACUCCCACUCAAACACAUGUACCACUUGCAAGAAAGCUCUUGGAGCAUGACAUUGCAAUUCUCAUUGAGAAACCUGUGGCGGUCACCGGUCAGGAUGGGCGGGAAUUGAUCGCAGCUUGUCAAAGCCAUGAGAAUAGUGUGGUCAUGGUUGGUCACCACCGAAGGCAUAAUUGCUACGUCAGAGCUAUCAAGAAGGUAGUGGAAGGUGGAAAGCUGGGAAAAAUCAUGGCUGUAAAUGGAGUCUGGACUAUGCGAAAGUCUGACGAGUAUUUCAGAGUGCCGUGGCGACAACAGGCUGGCGCUGGUGGGGUCGUUAGUGUUAACGAACACGACAGUCUCACCUAA